UGUCUCUUCAGUCAGUCCAUCUUGGUUUUAUCGUGGCGGACAUUGGUCUCAUCAAAAUGGACUAUCUUUCACACACACUUUUUUUCUCUUUCUCCUUUCUCUUUCUCUUUCUUUUCUUAUUUCGUCUUCAUUCUGUACUGUCCAUCACGAACUUUUUUGGAUCCGGAUGUCAGCUCAAUUCCUUCUUCCUCUCUCCUCUCUCCUCUCUUCUCUCUCUCUUCUUGCUUAAUUUUUGUUUACUUUGUUUUGUUUGAUUCUUUUGUUUUUUACUCCAUUCGUUUUGUCCUUGUCCUUGUCCUUGUUCUUUUUUGUAAUUCUUCUUACUUAUUCACGCUACUGCAAGCCAAAUACUCUGCAUUCAACUCUUUGCCUUGAUCAUUUUUCUUCAACUGUAAAUACCUUAUCGAAACUAUACAAUCCAAUUAACAUCAUGGCAAAGAAAAAGGCAGCUGCCCGUAAGACCAAACAGCCUGCACAUACAACAUACUCACAGCGAAGCAGUAGUACCUACAGCAAUAACAACAGUAAGGCUCCGUCGAAUGCUUCCUCGCCAUCUCCCCAGCCGCUUGAUCUCGCCCAAAGUGGUCGCAAAAAAAGCACACCCAGAAGAUCGCCAUCUCAGGACGAUCCGUCCAAGGGAAUUGUCUUCUCUUUCCGAAUCCAGAAUGACCCUUCUUUGACUAUGGCUGUUGACAUUCGAAAAUAUGACCAACAGUUUAGUCCUUCAGACAAUGAGGAGCAAGCAAAGUCUUCUCAGGAGGACUCCUCAGGGGUCAACACUCUUGCUCCGUUGGCCUUGUCACAGACCGGUUCACAUCUGGAAUUCAGCAGCUCCCCUUCCAGUCUAUCCGUAUCUUCUCCUGUGUCGUCAUCCACAGUUAGGGUAGCAGGGGAGCGAUGGUCUCGCGACCUCACGUCCUUCAGAAGCAGUAAUGUCUAUGACCAGAGUCGCAACCUUCUCAUUCUCCACACUCGCAAGCCAUCGUCAUCUCCAGUAUCGGCCUCAGAGCUUACCUCCGUACCCUCUGAAACCCGUCCUCAUGGUUUUCAUCCUUAUCGUCCCCAGCGUGCACAGUCAAGGUCUUUUUCGUCUUUAUCCACGUCCUCGUCCUCCUCAUUCUCCUCUUCGUCAUCGUUGUCAUCAUCGGCACCAUCGACCCCGGCCUUGACGGACUCUGGCUCAUUAUCUUCCUCCGUCUCGUCCUCGCCCACAAGCUCACCAAGUUCCCCAACAUCACUCCACUCUAGUAGUGACACUGGUUGUGUUAAGGACGACCUGUGUAGUAUGGACCCACUACCAUUGUCACUUGAUGCUAUUAGUACCCAGUCAACCCGAUUCCUGAAUGUCCGUGGGAUGGGAGGAAAUGCCAAAAGCCGCAGAAUGCAAGUCAUUGUUGUAUGAAUAAUAAUAAUAAAAAAUUCCAACCU